CAGCAAUUUGUUCCCCAGGAAAGUGCCACCUGCCUCUGCAGUUUCACUUUCGGUUUCACCCCCGUUGUCCGCGGAGGCGGGCUAGUGGCGCUGCUGGAGCGGAGGAUUGGAUCCCGGCCACCAGCUUUUUGAUCAGGAUUGUUAAAAUGAGCCUACGGAAGCAAACCCCCAGUGACUUCUUAAAACAAAUCAUCGGACGACCAGUUGUGGUAAAAUUGAAUUCUGGAGUGGAUUAUCGAGGGGUCCUGGCUUGCCUGGAUGGCUACAUGAAUAUAGCCUUGGAGCAGACGGAAGAAUAUGUAAAUGGACAGCUGAAGAAUAAGUACGGAGAUGCCUUUAUCCGUGGAAACAAUGUGUUGUAUAUAAGUACACAGAAGAGAAGGAUGUGAAGACACCAAGAGGCCAAUACUUUUCAUACUUGAAUAUAUUUUUUAUGAGAUUUUGGGAGAGUUCCUUUGUGUCUUCCACUUGUCCCAUUUCAUAUUAGUUGGUGAUUUUUCACCUGCAAGGAAGAGAAAUGUACAGAAUUGUGAUAAUGCAAUUGUAACACAACAUGUUCCUUCCUAUUUAAGUUUCGGUCAUUUCCUUUUACCUGUGUCAGUGUGUAGAACGCAAAAGAAUAAAAAAAGAAAGAAAAAUGA